CUGACAUUUCCGGUCUGGUAAUGGUGCGUCAGCUCCGCCAACUGAGCCGGAUUUGCUCCAGUUUGUCCCGUGUCUGCAUCUUAUGGUUCACUCUGGACCGCGCUCCCCCCUCGUCGUUUAAUUUCCCACACACUUUCCAGGGGCCGCCUUGAGCCGAGGCGUUCUUCGGCCCGUUAGCAGGCAUUUGACCCGAGGAAGGCAGAGGCCCCGGGCCCCCGCGCCCACCCCUCCCCACCCACCCUAAGGCUUUUGGAAGGAACUGUACCGGACCGAGGGGGCGGCCGCUGGGCGCAAAUGUCCUGCGUCGUGGUGAUGUGUACCUGCUCGUCGGCAGUCAGGCUCCUUCGCUCGUCCAUAAACACCUCGAGUCUGGGAUUUGCAUCUAUGCGGUUCCAUUUCCCAUUGCUGGGAAAUCUUGAGGAGCGAGGAGGAAGAAAAUAUCCUAGGCAAGCAUUUCAUGAGACAGUUACUGUACUUGCUUCAAAGGAUGGAGGUAAAGAUACAACUGGAGAUGGCAGCAAGAAGUCUGUCAGCGAAGCGGGCAGCAAGCGAUCAUCUGGUUCAAGUGGAUCUGGGAAAGGUGGAAAUCAGCUGCGUUGCCCGAAGUGUGGAGACCCGUGCACUCAUGUGGAGACCUUUGUUUCCUCAACUCGCUUUGUGAAAUGUGAAAAAUGCCACCAUUUCUUUGUGGUGCUAUCUGAAGCAGACUCCAAGAAGAGUUUAAAUAAGGAGCCAGAGUCGGCAGCUGAAGCUGUGAAGCUCGCUUUCCAACAGAAACCACCACCACCUCCAAAAAAGAUAUAUAGUUAUCUCGACAAAUAUGUAGUUGGUCAGUCUUAUGCUAAGAAAGUUCUUUCAGUUGCCGUGUAUAACCAUUACAAGCGCAUUCACAAUAAUAUUCCAACGGCUCUAAGACAGCAAACAGAUGUGGAGAAGCAAGCCUCUCUGACACCUCGCGAGUUAGAAAUCCGAAGACGAGAGGAUGAGUACAGAUUUUCAAAGCUACUUCAAAUUGCAGGUAUUAGUCCACAUGGCAAUGCCCUUGGAGCUUCCAUGCAGCAACAGGCAAGCCAGUCAGUUCCACAAGAGAAACGAGGUGGCGAAGUGCUCGAUUCGGCUCACGAUGAUAUUAAGUUGGAGAAAAGCAACAUUCUGUUGCUUGGUCCCACCGGAUCAGGCAAGACCUUGUUAGCCCAGACUCUUGCCCGAUGCUUAGAGGUUCCAUUUGCCAUUUGUGACUGUACUACCCUGACGCAAGCUGGAUAUGUGGGUGAAGAUAUUGAAUCAGUUGUUGCUAAGCUCUUGCAGGAUGCCAAUUAUAAUGUGGACAAAGCACAGCAAGGAAUUGUAUUCUUGGACGAAGUCGAUAAAAUUGGUAGUGUUCCAGGGAUCCAUCAGCUGCGUGAUGUGGGCGGUGAAGGCGUUCAACAGGGGCUGCUGAAGUUACUUGAGGGGACAAUUGUAAAUGUUCCAGAAAAAAAUUCCAGAAAGCUACGUGGAGAAACAGUUCAGGUGGAUACAACUAAUAUUUUAUUUGUGGCAUCUGGUGCUUUUAAUGGUCUGGAUAGGAUUAUCAGCAGGAGGAAAAACGAAAAGUACCUUGGAUUUGGCACACCCUCAAAUCUUGGCAAAGGGCGAAGAGCUGCAGCAGCAGCAGAUUUAGCAAAUAUGAGUGGUGACAACAAUACAGUACAGGAAUUGGAAGAGAAAGAUAGAUUACUUCGCCACGUCGAGGCCCGGGACCUGAUAGAAUUUGGAAUGAUACCUGAAUUUGUAGGGCGACUGCCUGUGAUAGUUCCACUGCAUAGUCUAAAUGAGGACACAUUGGUGCGGAUUUUAACAGAACCUCGAAAUGCUGUCAUCCCACAAUACCAGGCGUUGUUUAGUAUGGAUAAGUGUGAUCUUAAUGUAUCUGAGGAUGCCUUGAGAGCUAUAGCCGGCCUCGCUCUGGAAAGGAAGACUGGUGCACGAGGUCUUAGAUCAAUCAUGGAAAAGCUGCUGUUGGAGCCGAUGUUUGAAGUGCCAAAUUCAGACAUUGUUGCUGUAGAAUUGAACAAAGAUGUAGUCGAUGGAAAGAAACCACCGGGAUACAUGCGAGCGCCCCCGAAGGAGACUGUUGAAGAGGACUAUGAUUCUGGAGUGGAUGAUGAUCGAUGGCAUCGCCAAGUAGAUGCUGCCAACAACUGAAGAUCACAGUACAGAGCAAUAUGUGCAAGAUGAGCCUCAUAUGAAAUUGAAACUAGUUUUAAUUAAUUUUAAGGCUUUAAACAGUUUAUUAACCUGUUCCUCUCACUAGGGAGUUACUGUUUGAAGAGAAUAGAUGUUUGGUAGGGGUUGACGGUCCAUAUCCCCUUAGCAUGAUCUCAGCAGACCUGGAAAAUGAUCAUGUAUUUGUAAAAUAGUAAAACUUUGUACAGUGGUCAUUAUGCCAUCUCUGAAUUUUACUAUAAACACAUUUCUCAGUGUGUUUAUCAUAUGUUACAAUUUUUAAGCAGCUCUUCCCUACAGUUCAGGAACAAUUGUGCAACUUGUGUAAUGGGAGCAAGAUCUUAUUGAAUAUCCUUAAAUUUCUCAUUAAUUCAUCAGAACAUUUCAGAACUUUGUGCUAGAGGUGCUAUAGUCAUUUAGAAAAAAAAAAGAAUUUCAUACUUGCUUUCAGAAUGUGGGAAUCAGAUUGAAGAAGAGACUGCAGCAAAGGGAGAUUAAAUGGAAAAUAGGCAGGUUUUACUCGAAGCUUUUGUGGGGAUUUCAGUUUCGAUUCUUAAUUUGUAAUGUUUUGAACAUGAUUUUGGUUCAGUUGUUACUGUGCUAACCUAUGCAUAACAUUUUAGGUAUCUUCAGUAUUAAGCACAAUACACAUGUACUAUGUUUUUUUCUGUAUUUCUGGGGUAUUGUGACCAGAAACAGAAUUGAUUUUAGUCCUUUAGAAAUCCAUUUUCUUGCAACACUGAAGGAUAUGAAGAUGAAUUUCUGUAAAUCCUUGGUUGUAUAAAUAAAAUGUACAAAUUGAGUACUUACCAGA